AUGGCUCCCAAGACGGUGCUGAUAACGGGCUGCUCCUCCGGCAUUGGCUUGGCCUUGGCUGUGAAAAUGGCCCGGGACAAACAGAAGCGGUUCAAAGUCAUUGCCACCAUGAGGAACCUGGGCAAGAGGGGGUGCCUGGAAGUGGCCGCCGGCGUCACCCUCAACAAGACCCUGGAGAUCAGGCAGUUGGACGUGUGCGACGAGCGAUCCAUCAUCAGCUGCAUCAACAGCAUCCCUAACCGGCACGUCGAUAUACUGAUUAACAAUGCUGGGGUGGGGAUGAUUGGACCCAUCGAAUGCCAGACCAUCGAGGAGAUGAAGGGUGUGAUGGAGACCAACUUCUUUGGUGUGGUGAGGAUGAUCAAAGAGGUGCUGCCCGAUAUGAAGAGGAGACGGAGCGGGCACAUUGUGGUGAUCAGCAGUGUCAUGGGCCUGCAAGGCAUUAUGUUCAAUGACAUCUACACAGCCUCCAAGUUUGCCGUGGAAGGAUUCUGCGAAAGCCUCGUCAUACAGGCGCUGAAGUUCAACAUCUUCGUCAGCCUGAUAGAGCCUGGCCCCGUGGUGACCGAGUUUGAGACAAAGGUCUAUGAAGAUGCAGAGAAUGCAGAUUACUCCACGACAGACCCUGAGACGGCAGACAUGUUCACUAACCUCUACCUGAAGAACUCCAAGGCGAUUUUCUCCAGCCUUGGGCAGACUCCCAAUGACAUAGCAGAGCACACGCUGAGGGUGAUCAGUGCCGCCAAGCCGCCCUUCCGCCACCAGACCAACCCCGUCUACACGCCCAUGACGGCCCUGAAACACGCCGACCCCACUGGAGCCCUGAUGACCGACACCUUCUACAAGAUGGUCUUCAAGUACGACACGCUCAUGCACAUCAGCCUGAAGGCCAUCAAGGUGAUCCGAUGGCAGGCCCGGAAGAUGAGGCAGGGGGUGAAGAUGCUUGGCUUCAGAUAG